CGGCGUAUUGCCAUUAGUUCCUGACUUCCAGAGGCUCAUCAUGUCGGAAACUGCUCCUGCUGCCCCUGCUGCCGCGCCCCCUGCGGAAAAGGCGCCGGCCAAGAAGAAGGCUGCCAAGAAACCUGCAGGGAUGCGCCGCAAGGCGUCCGGACCCCCGGUGUCCGAGCUCAUCACCAAGGCUGUGGCUGCUUCCAAGGAGCGCAGCGGCGUGUCCCUGGCUGCGCUCAAGAAGGCGCUGGCGGCGGCCGGCUACGAUGUGGAGAAGAACAACAGCCGCAUCAAACUCGGGCUGAAGAGCCUGGUGAGCAAGGGCAUUCUGGUGCAGACCAAGGGCACCGGCGCCUCCGGCUCCUUUAAACUCAACAAGAAGGCAGCUUCUGGCGAGGCCAAGCCCAAAGCUAAGAAGGCCGCUGCGGCUAAGGCGAAGAAGCCUGCAGGCGCAGCCAAGAAGCCCAAGAAAGCGACUGGUGCUGCCACACCCAAAAAGGCUGCCAAGAAGACCCCUAAGAAAGCCAAGAAGCCUGCUGCGGCUGCUGUGACCAAGAAAGUAGCCAAGAGCCCGAAGAAAGCCAAGGUUACCAAGGCCAAGAAGGUCAAGAGCGCGUCUAAGGCAGUGAAGCCGAAGGCUGCCAAGCCCAAGGUUGCUAAGGCCAAGAAGGUUGCAGCCAAGAAGAAGUAAGCUGUCUCCUUUCCAAUCCAAAAGGCUCUUUUCAGAGCCACCACAUCCACUUAAGAGCUGUGACACUUUGAUAGUUAACGAAGCAGGGCUGCCUUGGACUCCACCCAGGCAGCGCUCCGCGUGUUGGGUGGGGUUAAUUUUCCCACUUCGCGACGUUUGCCCUGGGCAGCUCAGAAGUGCUACGUGUUGCACCCUCCCCAAGGCUGUCAACAGCAGAAAGCAACCCCUGCCGCUAGUCCGUAUUGGACUGCAAGGUGAUUUGAAAGUUCCGCCCUUCCUCUGUGUUGACUCACUUCCACCUGGGACUUCAGUCAGUUUGGUUGGGCGCCAUUACGAACUUUGCGCUUCCUGUGGAAAAACGCGUUCCGGACUUUCCUUCUGGGCUCAGCGUCUCCUGUGGGUGUUAACCUUGAAGUGUGGGAGAAAGUCCGGUGUUGGCGCCAAGACAUGAGGGGGCAGCUACCUGGACGACUGACCUCAGUUAAGUCUGAUCUGGGGCUGAAUGAUUGUUGUGCUUUCAGUUUGUUUGCUACAGCGAUGGAGUGAUGGAUUGAACUGCGUCACAACUUUGGUCAGCCAUUUCUUUUCUUUUUAAAGUUUAUUACCAUUACGGAUUACUUGUUUUGCCUCAUGUUGACUCAAGACAGUUGUAGAUUAACAUUGCCUCAGUUUCCCGAAGGGCUUAAGUUAGACGUAUGUCAUCACUAAAGAUCGACCUCACAUAAAUACUGAGGUUUUUUGGUAAUUCUUUGUUCAGUUAAUACAUUGGCUGUGUGCUUAUAAUAAAAAGCUUUAGUUUU